AUGUCUGCUGGUGUAGAAAAAGCUUGCCAUCGAUGUAUUUCAAAAAUUGCCAGCAAUGCUUGUUUAAUCUUUGGGCUCCUUGCCUUCCUUGCAGUGCCACUGUCAAUGGCUUUUGUGGGGAUGAAGUUCCUGGAUAGUUGCCCUAUUCAACCAUCAAUUCCUUUGUAUUUGCUGGUUGGAGGAAUAAUCGGCAGUUUGAAGGUUACCCUCCUGCUCUAUGAUUCUGCAAAAAUGAGACAACUUCUUUCCAAAUCUGUCAUGAUUGGCGAUGAUGAUGAUGAUGAAUAUCCUUGGCGACAAAAUCUUCACCGAUAUUACAUCCAUAUUAUCCUCAGUCUGUUCCUGUUUGUGUGGUUUAUAUUGGGAAACUAUUGGGUAUUCUCUGCAUAUCUGCCCAAUUUUAUUCCACCUUUUCACCAGCCUCAGGAUUACUGCGAUAAAACUGUGUACAUCUUCUCAGUGGUUGUUCUGGUCAUAAGUCACACAGUUCUAGGCCUUUUGGUUCUGUGCAGUUGCUGCCUAUUCUCUUUCUCAGAGCAAAGUGAUGAUUCAGAAGAAGAAUGA